CUGGUCUGUUCAGUACCCAGCGUAGAUGUACCUAGUACGUAGCAGUGACAGGUGAAGGCUUCAGGUUGUGUUAAAUCUAAAAACCAUGGCCCAGGACAUGACUCUUCUGUGGGGCUCCGGCUCUCCUCCCUGCUGGAGGGUGCAGAUCGCUCUGGAGGAGAAGAAUCUGCAGGGCUACAACCAAAAACUGCUCUCCUUUGAGAAAAUGGAGCACAAGUCCCAAGAAGUGUUAGAUAUAAAUGCCAGGGGACAGCUUCCGUCUUUCAAACAUGGAGACGUCAUCGUGAAUGAAUCCUACGCAGCUUGCUUUUACCUGGAGAGUCAGUUUAAGUCUGAAGGAAACAAACUGAUCCCGGACAGCCCGGCAGAACAAGCACUGACGUACCAACGCAUGUUUGAGGGUCUCACAUUCUACGAAAAACUCAAUGCAGUUAUCUACUAUGACUGGUUUGUUCCUGAGGGAGAGAGGCAUGACUCAGCUCUAAAGAGGAACAGGGAAGCACUGGCCACUGAACUCAAGCUCUGGGAGGGUUACCUGCAGAAGCUGGGCCCGGGCUCUCACCUUGCAGGACCAUUCUUCUCUCUGGCAGAUGUGACCGUUUUUCCGACCGUUGCUACUCUUUUCAGAUUUGGGCUGUCUGCUGAGCAUUACCCUAACCUAGGAGAGUAUUAUGCUCUGUUGAAGGAGCGGCCCAGCAUCAAAGCCAGCUGGCCUCCUCACUGGUCGGAGAACCCCAAGGGACAAGACACAUUAAAAGACAUCUGAGAUCCACACACACUUCACAUCUGGUUUGCUACAGUGUUUUUUUCCCCCUUUUAUUUAACAUGGUUUCAGUUCACAAUUUGUCAAUAAACCUCUUUUAGUCUUCCUAACAAAAGAAAACGUGUUGAGAUUACCACUAUGUUCUAGAUAUAUUAGUGUUACAAGGGCAGUAAGAUGCUUCUUAUCUCUUUUGUCAAACUAGCUUUUCUAGUUAGUUCAAAUGUUUUUGUCAAUCAUGCUCCUGUCAAAUCUUUGACAAAGACCAGUUGAUAAACACAAGCUAUGUUAAACUGCAAGAUGUGAUGUUUGCAGGGCAACAGGACGCAGGCAGAAUGUCCCAUUGUGAUAUUGUAUGUAGCAGCUUUUGUUGCUGAGAUACAUCGUGUGUAUACUGUAUCUGAUACGAAUGUCUGUUGACUAAUAUACAUGUACAAGUCACUACAGCAGCAGUUUCAUUGCAUUUUCAGUCUUCCUAUGAAGUCAGUUGUUUAUUGUACUAAAAACACAACCUCCACUCCAGCAAGCAUGUCUUGUAGGUUCUCUUUACACACUGCAUUGUAAACCAGUAUAGUGGCACUACAAUUUUACUGUAUUGUAGCACAGGCCAAAUAAAACCCAAGAUGUCACUGCUACAGGCGUAGCAAAGUCUAAAAA